CGUGUCUGUUGUGCACACAGCGCUCUUCUUUUGAAAUACUUGACCGGAAGUAGCUGUUUGUCUGGACAGACUGCAGUCAGAUAAGUUAGAUGUAGUUUAUGCAGCGGUAUGGAAUAAUUUUACGUUUGUGUUUCAGUCUGGUCCGUACGUUAUUUUCAUUGAACUGCUGGCCGUAUUCCAAUUAACAUUCAUGUCGUUAAGCCCGCUCGGUCAGCUAACUCUGUAACGUUUCCGUUAGCUUUGUUGACACGACAGGAAAGAUCAUCGCUAACUUAGCACUGAAGUUAACGUUAGCAGCGUCGAUCUAAUAACGGACUACCCAGUCAGCUAACGCCUGCUACCUACACCUAGGCCAGGAGCCACUCAUUAAAGACUGACAAUUUAAUUUAGUUUUUGUCAUAACGGGAGCCUUUUAAUAGUUGGCAUUUUGGUAAUCUUACCCGCUAUAUAGCCAAUAUAACUGUUAGCAACAUUUUAGUGCGGCUAGCUGAGCUAAGUUACGGUUCAGAGGAAGGUAAGGAAAUCGCUACGUCGUGGUCAAAACGGGCUUAGUGUUUGCUUUUAAAAGUUGACAUUUCCACUUCUGAUGAAGUAGCUGGAGGAUAAGAAAGGUGCUAUGGUGUCUGCGAUACCGCUGCACCUGCCAAGUUGAAGACCUGACAGUGAGACACCUGAUCCAGCAUGAAGGCCCUCGGAUCCAGAUUCUCCUUCUAUGCAGGUUUUGUGGUGGGAACCUUUACACUGUACGUGUUUCUGCGGCAGCUGUGGUUUGAGAGGACCUUGACAGCUCAGCAGCCCAGCAGCUUGAACAAACUUCAUGACCACCAGCAACAGCUUGAGGAAGAGAGGAAGAUAUGGAAGAAAGAAAGGUCUGCUCUUUUCAACCUGAAGCACCCUCAUCAUACAGGUGAGGAUAGUCGCAUGGCUGAUGAACUAUACAAAAAGGUGCGCAUUCUUUGCUGGGUGAUGACUGGACCCAGCAACCUGGAGAAGAAGGCUCGGCAUGUGAAGUCCACAUGGAGUCGUCACUGCAAUGUUGUGGUCUUCAUGAGCUCUGUGGAGGACCCCGACUUCCCCACUGUGGGAUUGGGUACAAAGGAAGGUCGGGAUCAGCUGUACUGGAAAACAAUCCGAGCGUUCCAUUAUGCCUACGAGCAUCAUAGCCACGAGGCAGAUUGGUUCCUCAAGGCAGAUGACGACACCUACGUAAUCGUAGACAACUUGCGGUGGGUUCUUGCAAACCACACGCCAGACGAGCCGAUUUACUUUGGCCGAAGAUUCAAGCCCUACACCAAGCAGGGCUAUAUGAGUGGUGGAGCGGGUUAUGUGCUGAGCAAAGAGGCUCUGCGGCGAUUUGUGGAAGGUUUUAAAAGCAAACAGUGCACUCACACUACCUCUGUAGAGGACCUGGCAAUGGGACAGUGCAUGGAGAAAGUUGGGGUGCUGGCUGGAGACUCCAGAGACACUGCGCGCAGGGAGACAUUUCACCCCUUUGUCCCUGAGCAACACCUCACUGCCAAGUUCCCCAAGAGCUUCUGGUACUGGAGCUACUGCUACUACCCCAUCUCAGAGGGUCCAAACUGCUGCUCAGACGUGUCGGUGUCUUUCCACUAUGUAGAUGCUUCACACAUGUAUUUAUUGGAGUACUACACCUAUCACCUGCGUGCCUUUGGCUACAGAUACCGUUACCAGCCCCCUGCCCCGCUUGGCUAUAAUACUGAGCAGUCAGGUUCCUGGGACACUGCAGAAGGACAAGAAGAACUUGCUUCUCAAGUGAAAGGAAGAGGAGAGGGUGAUGAUCUGUCCAGGACUGAGAAGAAACAGGAUUCAGAUCCACCUCCUGCAGCUGGUAAAGAUCCUCCUGUUGCGUCAGUGGACAAAUAACCGUGCGACUGAGUAGGUGUGUGAAGGGGACUGUUAUUUCAAAGAGGUGUGAUGUGUGUUUUUAAUGUUUGCUUAUUCAUUCUGAUUAUCUUGGCUCAUAUUUCUACAAGAGCAGAAGAAAGUCCACUUUGAUCUGAGGUUUGCCCACAUAGAUGUGCAUUGCCUGAGGAUGCUUGAGCUGUAGGACUGCUACUAGUGUAAACUGUAACUGAAAGACUGGUUUUGAUUAAUUGACUAUUUGUUUGGUUUAUAAUAUGUCAGAAAAUAGUUAAAAAUACCUGUUAAGAUAUCCUGAAGCCCAAGGUGACCCUUCAAAUAACUAAUUUGUCUGAUGAACAGUCAAAAACCCAAAAAUGAUCUGUUUAUUGUCAGGAGGGACAAAAUAGCUGCAAAUCCUCAAAGGGAAGACCUGAACCACAGUUGUGUUUGGCAUUUUUGGUAGAAAAGAAAGACUUGAACGAUUAAUGGAUUAUCGAAAUAAUUUCUCAUUAAUUUUCUGUUGAGUGACUAAUUGAUUAAUAAACAUUUCAGCUCUAUUGAUUAUUAUUAAUGACAUUCUGAAAGUGAAGGCCGUUUUCUGUUAGUCAGUGUGAAAGUGCAGCAAAAGUAUUUUGUCGCAAAAAUGAUUUAAAAAAUUUCUGAUCUCAACAUUCAGCUAAAUAAAGGUUUUGUCAGCCAUGAUCUUGCAGCUCUAAUCAAGUGCCAGUUAAUAGAAUAAGUUAAAUACAUCUUACCUAUAUCCUUCCCAAAACUUUUAACAUUUAAAAACACAACCAAGAUACAAAGUUAUUUUCAUAGGAAAUCCUUGUUUGGAUGCAUCUAUAUUUCUCUACAGCUAAUUGAGCUACAUUGAUGAGACCACGAUGCUUUGAAUGGAAAGUCCAGGUGACGAAAUUUAUACAUUCCAGCCAAAGAUUUCCCUGUGGGAUAAGAUCAGAUUAAGGACAGACAAAGCAGUAUUUGUGAACUUGGAGUAACUGCAGUUAUUGUUGAUUUAGUUAUCAGUUUUAUUUAUUAUGACUGGUGUGUGUUCAGUCACACUCUUAUCUGUUCUGUCAUCCAUCCUUGGUGGCUAGACACACCUUCAUCUGAACGAGGAAGUAGUCCCUUUUCGCAAUUCUUUUUUUGGAAUGAAUCCUGAAACUCGACACUAAACCAGCCAUGGCGCAUUGUUUUCUAUUUGUUCUUCCAGAAACUGGCCUUUGAUACACACACUUCACAGUUCCCUGCAUCUUCCCCCAGUGGACUCAUUAGCUUGUGCCUUGUAAAUUGAGAUUGUAUGAGCCAACAGCUGCACACAUGACUUUGCACUGUGACAUUACCAUGAUGAGAGUGAUGCUUUCAGAUGGAGUAUAAUUUAAUUGAAUCCCUCCAAUGUAAUGAGUGUGGCCUUUGGGCAAGCCAGCUGAUGACUUGUUCAUGACAGCUUUUUUUUCUUUUCUUUUUUUGAAUAGGCAAGAUUUUUUUCUUUUAUACAAUUGUAGUUUCAAAAAUAUUGU